AUGGCUGGCAAAGCAACAAGCAUGUCUGAUAUAGCAAAGUCUGAAGGUGGGAUAAUAAAUCCUGAAAAGGCUACAAGUAUUAGUGAUGUAGAUAAGCUGGAGUUAAAAAUAGCUCAGCUUAAGAAACAAAAGACGGCAGCAAAGUCUGCAUUGACAAAGGCUCAGAAUCAGAUGCUGAGUUUGAUAGACCAGGAGGAUCUCCCCACAAGGAAAGCAGUGAGGGAUGAGAUAGAUAAGGUGAGUUCACUUCAGGCUAAAGCUGUUGACUUAUUGUAUGUCCUGUCCAAGGCAUACGACCAACAUGGAGAUUACGAGAAUGCCAAGAAAACAUGUAAGGAAAUAGAUGAAGUCUUAGAAUAUAGCGAUGAUGCAAUACACAAUGCAAGAUUGCAUUUGAGCAGCAGGUCAGAUGAUAGCUCGUCUUCUGGUAUAAGAAUGUUGGUCAUGGUUGAGUCAGUUGCACCAGAAAUAGAUAUGAGUAGAAUAAGAAUAGAAAUGGAAGCACCUGCUUCUCCUGAAAUAGAACGGGGGAAAUUACAUGUGCAAUAUGACCGGAUAGAUAGCAACUAUGACCACAAAAUGAAAUCUUUCAUUGAAAGAAAUAAGACAUCGCAUAGUGAUAAAAUUGGUGCUGAUAUGUGGAGCAAGAUGAAACGGGUUUCAAUUCCUGUGUUUCAUGGCAACAUUAAAGACUACGAGAGUUGGAAAGCUGCUUUCAUGGCAUGCGUGGACAGAGCUAAUGCCACUAAUGAGUAUAAGCUGUUACAACUAAAGCAAUAUGUUGCAGGAGAGGCUUUUAAUCUCAUUUCAAGGCUAGGUCACACUGCUGCAGCUUAUGAUGUAGCUUUAGAACGGCUGGAGAGAAAGUAUGGAGGUAAAAGAAGGCAGAUUGCUUUAAAAAUGGAGGAAGUUUAUAACUUCAGACCCAUUCGUCCUGGCAACGCCAAGGACUUAGAGAAUUAUGCCGAACUUUUAGACAUUACUGUUGUCAGUCUUAGAGAAGCUGACAAAAAUGAGGAAUUGGGUGACGGGUGUCUGUACUCCCAAUUGUUGAGGAAAAUGACCGGGUCAAUGAUAACAAAUUACCAAAGAUGGCUGUUUGAACUACAACGUCAGGAAUCGGUUGAGACAUUAAGAGAAUGGGUUCUAAAAGAAUCCGAAUUUCAAACCGUAGCAUCUGAGGUGAAACUGGGUAUCGUUGAAAGGCCCAAUGAUAGGGAACAUAAGUCCAAUCAAAAGUCAGGAUCUUUCUUUGGCAGGAAACAGGUACAGAUCUGUCACUUCUGUCACGAAAAGGGUCAUCAGAUAGUAAACUGUAAAAGCUUCAAAGCUUUAGAUAUCCAGAAACGAUGGGUCAAAGCAAAAGAACUGAAGCUUUGCUUUCGGUGUUUAGGAAUCCGUCAUGUUGUGAAAUUAUGUUCCACAAAUGUGCCAUGUGGUAUUGAGGGAUGUCGGUCGACACACAAUAGAUUACUUCAUGAUAGUGAUUGGGUAAACUCACGGACAAAGGACACUGUGAAUACAAGCAACAAAUCUGAAGAAGCUCGGAAUGAGUACAAACAGACAACAAUGUCUACCACGAGAAAGGAAUAUUCCUUUUCUUCGCUCAGGACAAUUCCUGUUAUACUGAAAAAUGGAACUCGCAAAAUACAGGUCAAUGCUCUCCUGGAUGACGCCAGCACACAAACCUAUAUCAAUGAAGACGUAGCAUCAGAGUUAGGUGUGCAUGGUCAAAGCCAGACCGUAUCUGUGAAUGUUCUCAACAGCAAGCAGGAAACCUUUAAUAGCAUGGCUGUUGAAGUGGGAUUAGAAAGUGUUGAUGGAUCGGUCAACAUGAACAUAUCAGCAUUGACUACAACAAAGGUCACAGGGAUGAUGAAAGUGAUUGACUGGAACAAACAUGCAAAUGAUUGGAGUCACUUGCGUAACAUUGAUUUUCCAAAAUUGAGUUCUAGACCAAUUGUGGACAUAUUGAUUGGAAUGGACUAUUUGGAACUCCAUUGUUCUCUCAAAGAUGUUUGUGGUCAUCCUGGUGAUCCUAUAGCAAGGCUAACACCAUUGGGGUGGACGUGUGUUGGUAAAGUACACGAAUCAGAAAUACAUACUGCACAUGUGACUGGUUCAUUCUUUGCUCAUGAUUCACACACAACAAGCAACGAAAUAGAGCUUGAGUCAUUAGUAAAUAGGUUCUGGGAGGUUGAAACCAUUUCAGGGUACACGCCCUUUAUGACACGAGAUGAGGAACUGGCGGUGGAUGCUGUAAAAGAAUCACUUACCUAUGAUUCAGAGAGGUACACGGUUGGUGUUCCAUGGAAGGAUAAGUCAAAGCUUCCUGAAAGUAAUUAUGAUAGUGCUUUCAAACGUCUGAAACAAAUUGAGAAAAGGUUAUCCAAAGAUGUUACAAUUCAGACAGCAUAUGGAGACGUGAUAUCACAGUAUCUGAAAAAAGGAUACAUCACAAAAGUUCCUGAAAAAGAAGUUAACAAAAAAUGUUGGUACUUACCUCAUUUUCCAGUGGUCCGGCCUGAACGAAAUACAACGAAGAUACAUGCUUUCCAGAAAGUUGAGCUGGAAAGGAAAACUGGAUCAAAUAUGAAAGUGACAAUGAUGGUGCAAGAUGUUGAUCAGACAUGGCGUUUGGAUCCAUGUAGGUUUUCCGACUGGAAAAGACUGUGCAGAGUCUUUGCAUGGGUCUACAGGUUUCUCAGUAACUGUCGGACAAAAAAGGAUAUGAGAAGGAAAGAAGAACUGGACCUAGAAGAGAUUGAAGGAGCUGAAAGAAAACUAAUUUCAGAAGAUCAAAAGGAAGCAUUUCCUAAAGAGUAUUGGGCACUGUACCAUGACAGCAGAAUACCACCUAAGAGUAAACUCAUAGGAUUACAGCCUUUUCUGGAUGAAACAGGGGUGAUGAGAUUAAAUGGCAGACUGAGGUUUGCAGAAGUCCUGUCCUGGGAAGCAAGGUUUCCUAUUAUUCUUCCCAGAAAAAGCCCGGUGACAAAGUUGAUAGUUAAACAUCAUCAUGAAAUGUGUCACCACAUGGGAACAAAUACCACAUUAGCUUCAUUGUCUUCCAAGUUCUGGAUAAUAUCCUCAAGGGAGGAAAUUCGUGAAUGGGAAAAUGCAUGUUCUUGGUGCAAAAAACAAAAAGCAAAGCCAGCACAACAACUCAUGGGCAAUCUUCCAAAGGUGAGAGUAGUUUGUUCAAUGAGAGCAUUUGUUCAAGCGGGGGUAGAUUACGCUGGUCCAUUUCUUACUGUACAGGGUCGAGGUAAAAGCCGUCAAAAGCGUUACCUGUGUCUGUUCACAUGCCUAGCUACACGUGCUGUACAUUUAGAGAUCGCUUUCGGACUAGACACAAAUUCGUUCUUGAAUGCUCUCUUCCGCAUGGCACACAGAAGGGGAAUGCCCAAAGAGAUCAUAUCGGACAUCGGGACGAAUUUCGUUGGAGCUGUGAAAGAGCUUAAAGAGCUGGUGACUUCAUUAGAUUCUGACAUCACAAAAUCGAAAUUGGCAAACAGAGGCAUUGUAUGGAGAUUUAAUCCUCCAAAUGCUCCUCACUUCGGAGGAGUAUUCGAAUCGAUGGUCAAGUCAGCUAAACGGGCUAUUUAUGCUGUCCUGAGCUCAAGUGAUGUCACCGAUGAAGAACUGAUGACUGCUUUUACUGGGGCCGAAGCUCUGUUGAAUUCAAGACCACUCACAUAUCAGAGUGCCCACACACAGGAGUAUGUUCCGCUCACACCAAACCACUUUCUACAUGGGCAGCUUGGUGGAGACUUCGCUCCAGAAAUAGAUUCCACUUCCUUUUCUCCCCAGAAGCGUUGGCGGAGGAUCCAGGAACUCAUCAGGCAUAUCUGGAGGAGAUGGAUGAGAGAGUGGCUUCCAACGUUGAAUGUCCGAAAAAAGUGGGUCACGUCAUCAAGAGACUUCCAAGUUGAUGAUGUGGUGAUUGUCGUAUCACAAGAUAAUCCAAGAGGAACUUGGCCAAUGGGAAGGAUAUUGAAAACUUACCCAGGCCAAGAUGGCCAUGUUAGAGUUGUAGAUGUUAAAGUUGGAGGGUCGAGAUUGACUCAACCAGUUACAAAGAUCUGUCCUCUCGAAUAUCGAGACUGA